AUGGCUGCUCCGGCGAAGGCUUCGUGGAUGGUGGCCAUGAGCGUGGGCGCGGUGGAGGCGCUCAAGGACCAAGCCGGGCUCUGCCGCUGGAACUACGCACUCGGAGAGAUCAUGGCGGGCGCAGCUAAGGCGUCUUGGAUGGUGGCGAUGAGCGUGGGCGCGGUGGAGGCGCUCAAGGACCAGGUCGGCCUCUGCCGCUGGAACUACGCCCUCAAAUCCAUCAUCCACCGGGCAGCCAAGGCCAGGGCCAACGUCCGCGGCGGCGUCUCGCAGGGCACCAAGCAGCUUCCGGCCUCCGCGGUGGCUGUGGCGGAGAGGCGGCGAGCGGAGAAGGCCGAGGAGGGGCUGAGGACCGUCAUGUACCUCAGCUGCUGGGGCCCAAAUUAG